AUGUCGUCCCUUCUUUUUACGAUCGUUGUUGCGGUUUUGGUUUGCGGGACAUAUGGAUUCAACUAUGACCCAGCAUGGACGAAAUAUAAUCUAAACACUAAUCAGGAUGCUCAACAUCCUCUGGAAUAUUCCGGGGAAUGGACUGGUCACGAGUUUACGCCGUCGCCCAAGAACUGGCGCUUUCCCUUCUAUACCUUGUUUCUUGAUCGCUUUGUCAAUGGUGACCCGGCCAACGACAACAUCAAUGGUACCCUCUUCGAGCAUGACCUCACCUCCAACCAGAUGCGUAAUGGCGGCGAUUUGCAAGGCCUCAUCGACUCACUUGACUACUUACAUGGCAUGGGUAUCAAGGGAAUAUACAUUGCCGGCUCACCGUUCCUCAAUCAGCCAUGGACCUACGAUUCAUACUCACCACUCGACCUCACUAUCCUUGAUUGGCACUUUGGCGACAUAGCAAAAUGGAGAGAAGCUGUGAACGCCAUCCACGACAGAGGCAUGUAUGUCGUCCUCGACAACACUUUCGCAACGCUAGGCGAUCUACUAGGCUUUGAAGGAUAUCUCAACGAAACAGCUCCCUUCACCCUGGACGAGCACAAGGUGGAAUGGAAGAAUGCUAGGAGAUAUUACGACUUCGAAGUGAAAGAGGAGUAUAACCAGUCUUGCGAAUAUCCUCGAUUUUGGCUCGAGACCGGUUAUCCUGUAGGCACUGACGUUACAGACCAGAUGAAAGGCUGUUUCGCCGGCGAGUUUGAUCAGUAUGGUGAUACCGAGGCUUUUGGUGUCUACCCGGACUGGCGACGACAGCUCACCAAGUUCGCGUCCGUCCAAGAUCGUUUACGUGAAUGGCAUGAGCCAGUGAGACUGAAGCUCGAGAACUUCUAUUGCAUGAUGAUCGGCCAACUUGACAUCGAUGGCUAUCGAUAUGACAAGGCAAUGCAGGCUACAGUGGACGCGAUGGGUCAUAUGAAUACAGCAAUGCGUCAAUGUGCCCGAAAGUAUGGAAAAGACAACUUCUUCUUGCCAGGUGAAAUUACAGGUGGUAAUGUCGCAGGCGCAAUCUACAUCGGCAGAGGACGACAGCCGGACAUGCUACCAGAGAAUCUAACACUAGCAGCCUCCUUGACCAACACAUCCGACAGCAAGUACUUUAUUCAGGAAGCUGGUAUUGAAGGUCUUGAUGCCGGUGCCUUCCACUACACAACUUAUCGCACGAUGACUCGAUUCCUGGGUAUGGAUGGCAACCUUGAGGCAGGAUACGACAGUCCGAAGAACUGGGUUGAUCAGUGGAACAAUUUCAUCAUUACCAACGAUAUGGUUAAUGCCAACACAGGUCAAUGGGAUCCGAGGCACAUGUUUGGUGUUACUAACCAGGAUGUUUUCAGAUGGGGUGCGAUCAAAAUGGGUGUCCAAAGACAGCUUUUGGGGCAUUUCGUAACCACGAUGCUUCUCCCUGGUAUUCCACUUUUGCUAUGGGGCGAGGAACAAGCUUUCUAUGUCCUCGAUAAUACUGCGACCAACUACAUCUUCGGCCGACAGCCUAUGUCGUCCGCAUUAGCAUGGAUGCAACACGGUUGUUACAGCUAUGCAGAUCCUUCAACUCAGUACUAUGAAAUGCCAGUCGAGGCUGCAGCUCACGGUUGCGAAGACGAAGUUCAGAUGCAUGAUCACCGAGACCCUACCCAUCCGAUUCGUAAUAUUCUUCGACACAUGUACCAUCUUCGCGACAAUUAUCCAGUGCUAAACGACGGCAUGUUUCUGCAACAGCUUUCAAACCAGACAAGCUACGUAACUUUACCCGGUUCGUCAGGGACACCUACUGAAUUUGGCCUAUGGUCUGUACUUCGGUCACAGUUUCCCGGGGUACAAGACUUAUCACAAGAGGGGGGUCAGGGUGAUCUCAGUAUCUGGCUAAUCUACUCGAACCUCAAUGAAACCACGAAGUUCACCUUCGAUUGCAAGAACAACGAUACAGAGAUGAAUAUCACAGCACUGAUUGCUCCCUUUGCAGGUGGCACUACUGUCAAGAAUUUGUUCUACCCGUUCGAUGAAGUCACACUGGAAGAUUCGGCACGUACCUUGGGUAUCAAUGGCUCUACCAGUCCCAACGGCUGUGUCGCGAGCCUCGAUAUGCCGCCUUAUGGCUUUAAAGCCUAUGUGCCAGCCGAGAACUGGGUGGGGUUGAAGCCUAUGAUGACCAAGUUCAGUCCUGGACACGAUACAAGAAUUAACUCAACUGUCGCCUUUGGCGGGUCAGAAGACGUCGAUGUCGAAUUACAAUUUUCAGCCGAGAUGGAUUGCGACAGUGUUACAAACAGCAUUACCUUCAACUCGACCACGGAAUCUGGCAGGACUCCAUCCAUCGACACUAACAGUGUGGAGUGCAGCACUAUUACAGCAAAUCUCAACUUGACAUAUGUCGGCUACAUCCCGUCAAUGUGGUCCUGGAAGGCAAAAUUGACAGGCGUCGAACACGGUGUUCACGCUCUCACAGUGUCCUCUCCAGCGGCAGCCAGUGGCGGCGUGGGCACGAACGCUACUGACAAGCUGCUCUUCCGUAUCGGUCAAAUGAACAAUCCUGUCAUUUUCCCUCUACAUGCCAACUAUUCGAACAGCCUGGUCACCAAGAACAAUGGUCAGCUAACGGUUCAUCACCACGCAGCUGGUGCAAGCCUGUGGCGAUACUCGACCAAUUGGGGCACCACUUACAGCGAUUGGACACCCUACAGAGGCGGCAACACUACUAUCGAGAGGCAGCCUUGGACUGGUACAAAAUUGCAAAAGUGGGAAGGCGAUCACGUUCGAGUCGAAUACUACAGUCCUCUAGUCGGCCAGAGUGACAUCGUGCAGCAAGGCAGUGUUGACACAAAGAUCAAGCAAAGACGAUUUCCACAUUUGUUCUGGAACGGACCCUACAAUCAAUACGGUUACGACGCUGGCCUCGAAAACAAGAUGGUUCAGACCGAUGACAGCACAUGGGAACAUCAUUUCAUGACAGAAUGGUUGCAAAAGGGAGUGCUAGCACAGAUCAACGUCUGGGGCAUCAAUCCUGACGGCAAACCUGAUCAAUCCUUUGUUUUCGGUGAUAUCGACCAGGACUCUAUACUCGACCGAUUGCCUCCGUCCUCUCUCUCCUCAGUCGCGUUGAACAUCACUCAAGCUCCUCCUAGGCCAAACUUGGGCUGGAAAAUCAUCCUCAAUGACGGCAUGUUGAAGUUCAGACUUAUACCUUCAGGUAGUAUGUGGCCUCAACUUGCGCUGUUCAUUCUUCUCUGGAUCAUGCCGAUCCUUUUCGCUGGAGUCGCUGUGUGGCUGUACAUGCAAUCCUUCUACGGCAUCAAAUUCAACCAGAUCGGUAUUGUCGAGAAAUCAUCGAUAAUCCCUAUGUCUGUCAAGAACAUAUUUGGGGCAGGCUACAAAAAUCUCAAUGAUGACACCGAAGCACCGCAAAGUCCUGGAUCGCACAAUCAGAAUUUCCUUACUGCUUUCCGAAAAAGGAAGAGUACUUUUUUGCAGACUACUGGCAACCUGGUGUCCACGGACAAACGUAGAAUGGUGCUUAUCGCUACAAUGGAAUACGACAUCGAAGAUUGGGGCACCAAGGUGAAGAUUGGUGGUCUAGGUGUCAUGGCACAAUUGAUGGGCAAGAACUUGGCGCAUCAAGAUCUUAUCUGGGUUGUGCCUUGUAUUGGCGACAUAGACUAUCCAGUCGACACUCCAGCAGAUCCUAUGAAUGUCGUGAUCAUGGGGCAGAUAUACGAGAUCAAGGUUCAGUACCAUCAACUGCGCAACAUUACUUAUGUGCUCCUGGACGCUCCAGUCUUCAGACAACAGACAAAAGCUGAACCAUAUCCUCCUCGAAUGGACGACCUCGAUAGUGCUAUCUACUAUUCGGCUUGGAAUCAGUGUAUCGCACACGCCAUGAACCGGUUUCCAAUCGACCUCUACCACAUCAACGACUACCACGGGUCUAUUGCUCCUCUCUAUCUCCUUCCUAGGACCAUUCCUGCCUGUUUGUCCCUUCACAAUGCCGAGUUCCAAGGCCUUUGGCCUGUCCGCAACAAAAAAGAACUGGAGGAGGUCUGCUCAGUUUUCAACUUACCAGUUCCGGUCACUCAGAGAUACGUCCAAUUCGGUGAAGUCUUCAACCUCUUGCAUUCUGGCGCAUCCAUUCUCCGAGAACAACAAGACGGAUUCGGUGCUGUGGGUGUUUCCAAAAAAUAUGGUGUUCGAGCAUGGAAGCGUUAUCCUAUUUUCUGGGGCUUAAAGAAAGUCGGUCAAUUGCCCAAUCCAGAUCCCUCCGACACGGGCGCCUGGGACAAGAAGCUGCCAAAAGAAUCGGACAUCACAGUCGAUUCCGAAUUCGAGGCGUCAAGAGGAGAACUUCGACGCCAAGCACAGGAAUGGGCUGGUCUUGAGCAAAAUCCUAAUGCUGAGCUUUUCGUGUUCGUCGGACGAUGGUCUAUGCAAAAGGGUGUCGAUUUGAUCGCUGAUGUGUUCCCGAGUGUCCUUGAAGCGAAUCCCAAUGUUCAGCUCAUUACGAUUGGACCAGUCAUUGAUCUUUAUGGUAAGUUCGCAGCUGCUAAGCUCGACAAGAUGAUGAAAGUGUAUCCUGGACGAGUCUUCUCCAAGCCAGUCUUCACUGCACUCCCACCCUUCAUCUUUUCCGGAGCAGAAUUCGCAUUGAUUCCUUCUCGAGACGAGCCUUUCGGUCUCGUCGCAGUCGAGUUUGGCAGAAAAGGUGCUCUUGGUGUCGGUGCGAGAGUUGGAGGUCUGGGUCAAAUGCCUGGUUGGUGGUAUACCGUCGAGUCAGCGACCACAUCGCACUUGACACAUCAAUUCCGAAUUGCUAUUCAAGAAGCCCUUGCCUCGAAGACGGACGUUCGAGCACUGAUGAGAGCAAGAUCGGCCAAGCAGAGAUUUCCAGUCGCUCAAUGGGUCGAAGAUCUUGAGAUUCUGCAGGGAACCGCCAUCAAGAUUCACGACAAGGUCGAAGCCGCCCGUCGACAUCAUUCUGCUGAUGGCCAAUUUGGGCUCGGACUUGGACUUCCAUCUAAACCAGCGUCCGGUGCACAAACCCCAUCUGGUGCCCUUACUCCGGGCAUGAUCAGAAACAAGAGUGCUUUCAGCUUACACGCUCUAAACGAGCGAUUAAGCAUGGUCAAAGCCAAGGAAGAUCAGAACAAGAUAAGGAAGAGAAGCACAGGUGGCGGUGGCUCAGGUCUGAAACGACAAGUCUCUCUUGGUUCGAGGCGCGGUCCAGGCCACGUACAAGCUGGUGAUCAGCCAAAAACAGUCCAAGCCACUCAGGUUGCUCCCUCACUGCCACCGAUCAUCGAUACAGAGCUGGAAGAAUCGCCCUUCCAGAUCGGAACUGCGCACUCAACACCAGAAGAUGAUGACUACCUGGAUUACGACGAGAAUGAGCAGGAAGACUCAGCAAGUAUUUUCAAUGACCCGGGAGACUUGGAUCGUCCUCUGCCUGGUCAAGUCGGUACUAUGCCGCGACAAUCGCCUUCAAUGACACCCGGCCUUCUUCGUGUACCGUCAGGAAGGCAACAGGACCUGAUCUCGCCUCGACUGCCGUCACUAAAUGCAGGUCUUGACACACCCGGCUCCGGGGCUAUCACUCCACCCACACCAGCAUGGGCAACAGAUACAGAUCGCCACCACUCUCAAGCACCAUCGAUGCUCAGUGUCAACUCUGUUGUUGGUGAUAAGAAGGACUACAACCUGCAGAAAGUUGAUCCCUUCUUCACUGACAGCACUGGCGAGUUCUAUCGCGAGUUCGAGCAUCGGCUGGAAGGCCUCAGUGGCGCCAACUCUGACAAGACAUGUAUUGAAGAGUUCCUCGUCAAAUCUGAAAAGAAAUGGUUCGGCUCUUUCCGCGAUGCAAAGCUCGGUCGGCUCCAGUAUGCUCACAGCUCUCGAAGCAGUUUCGAUGUCUCGACAGCAGGACACAUCUCCGAGGCAAAUCAAGCUGCUGGCAUGCUGAGCAACAACGAUGGGCACGCCACUGACUCGGAUAUGGCAAACUACGAUGAGCUGAAAGACGAAUUUCUGCUGGGUAAGGAUUAUACUCCGCCAACUGGUUUGUUGAAGUUCAUGCAACUGCGAGUCAUGGACUGGCCAGUGUACAGCUUCUUCCUAGCCUUUGGUCAAAUCAUCGCAGCCAACUCGUACCAGAUUACGCUUCUUACAGGUGAAGUCGGCCAGCCAGCAGCCAAGCUGUAUGUCAUAGCUUCGAUCUAUCUGGUGACGAGUGUGGUAUGGUGGAUCUUGUUCAGAACCUUCCAGAGCAGGCUUUCGCUCAGUCUGCCUUUCCUUUUCUAUGGUAUGGCAUUCCUGUUCAUUGCUAUGGCACAUUUCUCACCAAGUGUCAACGGCCGAGGAUGGGUUCAAAACCUGGGUACGGCAUGGUAUGCCUGUGCUUCGAGCUCCGGUUCAAUCUUCUUCGGCCUCAACUUUGGCGACGAAGGUGGGUCGCAGACGAAGACAUGGGUUGUCAGAGCUUGUAUCAUUCAAGGAACACAGCAAAUCUAUGUGGUUGUACUGUGGGCCUGGGGAUCUUACCUUUCAAAGAGGAAUAUGCAAGGUCUUCUUGCUAGCGAACCUGUCAGCAGCUCGUGGAAGAUCACAGCUAUUUGCUUACCUAUUGCUUGUAUGUUGUGGGCGUGUGGAGGAAUCAUCUGGUAUGGGUUGCCUAGCUACUACCGUCAGCAACCGGGUAACAUUCCAAGCUUCUACACUGGCAUUACCAGGCGAAAGAUUAUCCUCUGGUUCUUUGUUACUGUGGUGGUUCAGAACUUCUUCCUUAGCGCACCAUAUGGACGCAACUGGGCAUUCCUCUUUUCAAGCCAGGCUGCACCUACCUGGGCGAUUGUGGUCCUUGUUCUAGUCUUCUUCAUUGGCAUAUGGUCUGGUAUGCUGGGUGUCUUUAUGUAUCUGAGUAAGAGCCACUCUUGGAUCCUGCCGCUCUUCGCCAUCGGUCUCGGUGCUCCUAGAUGGGCACAAAUCUGGUGGGGAACAUCAAACAUCGGUAUGUGGCUGCCGUGGGCUCCUGGCGGAACUGCCAUGUCCUCUGCUCUUCUAUCGAGAUCUCUCUGGUUGUGGCUUGGCACCCUUGAUGCAAUUCAGGGAGUUGGCUUGGGCAUGAUCCUGCUGGUGACAUUGACAAGAGUGCAUGUCGCGUUCACACUAGUCGCAGCGCAGGUACUUGGUUCCAUUGCAACGAUGAUUGCUCGAGCAAGCGCGCCGAACAGGAUCGGGCCUGGCCCAAUCUCGCCAGAUGUGAGCAAAGGUGUGGGUGAGAUAUGGCAGGCGUGGUUCUGGAUCGGGUUGGUCUGCAAUUUAGGUGUCUGCGUUGGUUUCUUCGUGUUCUUCAGGAAAGAACAGUUGAGCAAGCCAUGA